AUUGUGAGCCUGCAAUGUCAUCAAUCAAUUGUUAUUUAUAACAUACGCGGCGCCUUGUUAACGUUAUCAGCUUUCGAUCUUUAAAAACAGCAAUGUCAUCCUCCGAUCUCGCCGUCAUAUUACCUCGUGUUAUCAUCGUAUCUCGACGGAGCCUUCGCAAGAACAAGUUUGUUGAUUUUGUCGGUGAAUAUCAUCUCGAUCUUAUAGUCGGAUACGGAGCGGUCCCAGUGAUCGUACCCCGGGUGGCGGGUGUCCACACGUUGUUGCACAGCUUCGAGCCGAUCCAUGGAGUCCUUCUUUGCGAAGGGGAAGACAUCGACCCGUCGCUGUACGAAGAUGAAGAAACCAAUUUGUCAAAGGAGGAAUUGGAGGAAAUACGUCGGUUGCACGCAAGCGACACUGCCAUCGACAAGGAAAAGGACACGAUCGAGCUUGCACUCGCCAAACACUGCCUAGAAAGAAACAUACCUUAUUUGGGAAUAUGUAGAGGAUCACAAGUAUUGAAUGUAGCAUGUGGAGGUACCCUUUAUCAAGAUAUCGGGAAAGAAUUGUCGAAAAACUUUCCGCAAGAGAAAAAAGUGGUUCACAUGGAUUACGAUAACUAUGAUGGGCAUAGGCAUGAUGUUAAGAUUGUUGAAGAUACCCCUUUGCAUCAAUGGUUUGAAGAAUCUUUACAAGACAAUAUGGAGAUUCGGGUUAAUAGUUAUCACCACCAAGGGGUCAAGAGGCUCGCACAACGGUUCAAGCCCAUGGCAUAUGCGCCAGACGGUUUAGUCGAAGGGUUUUAUGAUCCGGAUGCUUAUAAUCCCGUAGAGGGUAAGUUUAUAAUGGGCUUACAGUUCCAUCCUGAGCGGAUGAGGAAGGCGAAUUCAGAUGAAUUCGACUAUCCUGGAUGCACCGCUGCUUACAAGGAAUUUGUGAAGGCGGUUGUAGCGUAUCAAAAGAAGCUCAAUAUCAUAAAAAGGGUACCAACAUCUUUGAAACUCGAUAAAGAAUUGGAGCAAAAGAGAAACGUUAUUGUUCGAAGCUUCUCGCUUGCAAGAAACCUAUAUGAAGGAGGCGAUAAUACUCGCCAACUUAAAGAGUCUGAUCUCAAACCGGGAGCUGAGUUUCUUGAGUCAAAUAUAGCACUGAGUGUGCAGCAAGAGAACCGGUUGAAGCAGAUGGGAGCAACAGUGAGGAAUGCAUCUUCAUACAUGGAGAGAUUGAAGAUGAAUGAAGAAAGAGAGAAAUUAGCAAGAGCUGUAAUGGGGAAGAUGACAAUUGAGCAAUUAUCUGAUCUUAAUCUGUUCUACCAUAUGAUGGGGCAGAUAUCUUCUGAUAUGUUGGAGAAGAAGCAGCUUCAAAAUGUUAGUGCCAUUAUGCUGUAGCAAGCUCAAAGAGCAGAAGUCUUGCAUGUGUAGUUACACUAAAAAUCCGAAAACUUUCAAGUAUGUAAAGUCCCCAAAUGCCCAAAAAAAACAGUAAAAGCUUGCCACGUCACGAUCUCUAAAUGUAAAAUGCGUUAAUUAUACAUGUACUCGCAACAUCGUGUGAUAUCUUGUUUAGUAAAUAAAGAAUGUUCAAUA